UACAGGAAGCACCGUGUGUCUACGUGCCUUUUACCUCGUAAACCCUCCCACCCAGCCUUACAUCUGGUUUGCCUGCCUCUGCGCAGCACUCAGAGCCGUCAGGGACCUGUGAAGCAGCAGGUAUUUUGAGACCAUGUCAGGAUUCAUCCAGAUGUUGAAGAAGAGGAAGGAGCUGAUUCCUCUGGUGGGGUUCAUGGCUUUUGCUGCAGCAGGAGCCACAUCUGCUUCCCUCUACUUUCUCUUCACCAAGACUGAUGUGAUUCUGAACAAGACUGAUAACCCAGAACCGUGGGAAAGACUGGACCCAUCCAAACCCCAAAAGCUCAUCACCAUCAAUCAGCAGUGGAAACCGGUGGAGGCGCUGGAGUUGGUGAAGUCCAUGACCAAAUAAAGAAGGCAGACCAUCGUCCGGCUUCAUCCCUGAAGAUGUAGAGUCUUGACUGCUUGCCGGGUCCCCCCACCCCACCCCACCCCCCCACCUCAUCAGUCUAGCAGAAUCCUUUCUGCACAAACUAGGACGCUUUGACACUCAGUGUGCGGAAAUGCUUCUGCUCAACUGGUGGGGUUUCACCCUGCGCUGUAGCGGCAACACAAGGACAUCAAUCAGCAUCAGCAGAGAAGGAAACAUCUGGGAGAUUAGGGUGGGUCUUUUGUUUUGCUUCUGUUUUUGUCUGUCCGCAGCUAAAGAGCUGAUUUUAUUUUUUUUUACUUUAUCAACUGUGGGUCGUUAUACUGUCAGACGCCUCAGCUAUGAAUGUCCAUUGCUGUCUGAAUGUGAAAGACACAAACUCAGAGUACUGCACUGUAUAUUGUCAAUAAAUUAUCAUGAUCAAUCA